GACGCCCUGACCGCUUUUCUGAUGCACCGCGCUCAGUAGCCUUGGGAAGAAAGCUGUGACGCGAACACUGACGAAGGCCUCAGUUUGUAAUCCACUUCUCAUUGGCUUGAAACUUCUGAUCUGCUACCGCCGCCUCGAGAGUUGACCGACCGUGCUGAACGCGACGUCACUUAGCGGACUAGAUGGCACCUCCGAGUUUUGCAUUCAUCCCCCGAAAUAUUCACAAGGAUAGGAAACAGCAAGGCACUUCCGCUCACGUACCAUCACCACUUGAACCGACACCUGCCAUCGAAAGAGGAGAACCAGCAUACCCAGGACCGUCCGUGAUCGACAAAGGCAAAGGGAAAGCGCCUGAACCUUCGGCGAAACCAGUCUACAACGAGACAGACAUUUCCAUCCUUGUUGUUCUCGCGUUUUCGGACUAUGCUCUUUGGCUUGACUCAGAUCUGAGGAGGAAAACCGAAGAAUCACUUCAGAACGAGAGCCAUGAUGCUGGAUUUUUACCUCUCAGCUACCUGAUGCGUCGCGCUUUUGGCAGAGAGAACUUGGGUCAAGAAUAUAUGCCGACUGAAGCGAACGUGGUGAAGGCAAUUCGGACCUACGCAGGCGACGUGCUGGAGGUUAGAAUGCUUGUAUCAGCCCCAUCUGCAUCUGCGUGGUACCCUUCCUGGAAACCGGAGAGGGACUCGCUUGGUUGUUAUGAAGUACGGAGGAAGGAUUGGUCAACACUAUUGGAUAACGCGACUCGUGAAUUCAGUCGGGGUCAAUGGGACGAUCGUACUAUUUACAUGGAAAAUAUACCUGCUCAAUAUCACACAAUACCUGGUAUCAUCCGAUUUGCGCAAGGGUUGCUGUCUCAAUGCUGUAGAUCAUCAUCGGACCCGGUUCCAAUCCAAAAUAUUACACUUCCCCCGCAUCACUUGGAUAAAACCGAGGACCGUCCAAAAUGCAAAGGCUUUGCACUCGUCACACUAUGUAACGCAGAGUUGUGUCAGAUUUUUCUUGAAUCGUGGCCUUGGACGCAGCCAUUCCAACCCUCCAAAUCAGAUGACUUGGGUCUCGCUGAAGACGACCUGGAGACAAAGGAAGCCUCGAAGUUCGGGUUUCGCACUCUACCAAAAGCGCGCUGGGAUAAAUUGAACGAGCAGUAUCUUGCUUACCGCCAGAAAUUGAUUAACGAGCUAGCGGAUGCCAACGAACCCCCAGAUAUCUCACCCGACUUCGAUGUACGACUGGUCGCUUAUGAGGUUUUGGAAGACAUCCCUGUCCCACCUAGGAAUGUGACAACUAUGUCCUCACCGUACCCCCUCGGCUGUCUCGUCUUUGCCCGAAAUCUUCAUCUCGAAACAAACAAGACUACACUUCGAGCGCUAUUCACUAAUGCAUUCAAGUCGUCCUCGCUAGAUCCCGGUGGAAUCGACUACGUCGAUUUCAAUAAAGGGAUGGAUUCUUGCUAUCUUCGGCUUGCCUCGCCUGAGCAUGGACGUGUUUUGACCGACUACUUUUCUAGUCAGCCCAUCGUACAGUCUCACGGUCUUGAUGACAUGGGCAAGACUCCAGGAGCGUCCCAGAAAGCCAUCACGACGGAGAUCAUCGAGGGUAAAAAGGAGGAAGUCUAUUGGGAGAAAGUUCCAGAGAAAGUCAGACGACAGGCUGUGGAGAAAGCAGUGAAGGCUCUGAAUGGCAAACAGCCAUCGGCUCCCGCACACAGUGCGCAAGAACAUUCCGAGGAAAGCAGGCCGCGGAAAAAGAGGAAACGCGGCUGAUAACAGACCCUACAACAUCCCCAGCCCACACUGCAAUAAUGGAAGUAUUUACAAUAAAUAGACUGGUAAGCAAAAAAAGCGCAUUGCGCCCCCAUAGUACAACCC